AUGGAAUUCAGGCUACCAACUUCGUUUCCAAUUCAGAGGAAAGUUCUCGAGAAAUGGAAACACCUCUUAGACGAAAAAAGAUUCAAAGCUCUUCAGCCAAUCCAAGAAACCUUCAAUGAUGACGUAGGGGUUCGCCAUAAGCAAAUAGGACACAUUCACGAAAGCUGGAUGAUGGAAUUGGAACCGAUAAACCACAAAAGUCGAUCUGAUGACCUUUCUAGUUGUCAUUCAAAACAAAGCUUCCAGGAUUACGUAGAUUCGUUUAACAGAAAGCGCCACCUACCGUUAGGUUCUGAAGAUAAUAUGCUUCCACCAGCACGUGACAAUUCUAGACGACAGAAGUUCAUCUCUAAAUCUUUGGAAUCUCUGAAGCUACCGCCUAUUAACCAGCGAUUCCCUGAACAAAUCUACGUAGAUACAGGGGUAGGGCCUCUUAACUACUGGCAGACAAUAGCAGCCGAUAAUUUCAUAGACAGUGAACUUCGCAAGCGAACAAGGCUCCGGAUGAGAGAAAAAGUCACAGCUUCACAAGUGUGCAUGAAUUAUGAAGAAGAAACAGAGGAAGAUCCAGAAUUGGUUGAUCGAGAACUGGGCUUGUCCAAAAAGCGAUCUGUGGUCAAAGGACCUAAAGAAACUAACACUCAUAGCCGGUGGAUGUCCAAAAUUCCCGGUCUCUCUUGGAAGAUGGAAUAAGCUACUCAGUGGCUCAACGAAAAUUUUCGGAAUUAUCAAGAAAAAGAUGAAACAGUUUGGUGAAAAAUCACUAAAAAUUGUGUGAAGCAUGUGUAGCAUGAGUUAUUUGUUACAGAAGUCUUAAUACUUGAGUGAUCAUGUCAACAAGUAGAGUGCUUUGUUAGCGGCUUAAUUUUUUCUUUCCAAAACAUUAGACUAAGAAGUAGAAUAUAUACGUUUACAAGAGACUUGAGGUAUACAAAAUUUACAAUCUUGUGGUUUGCAGGAACAGUUUAUUUUUGCUAUGAAACAGCUGCAAAAGGUUAAUCCUACUUUAUAAAAACGGU